CCAUCCAAGCUGCUGUCUGCCGUUCUAUACGUAGAUAUAAGAGACAGCAGCUUGACAUAUCCCAUCAGAUCUAAAGGCGUCCGAGUUUGCGGUUGGUUCUCUAUCCAAGAUUCUAACUCCAUCAUUGGUAUUUCAUUGCCUUCCAGCGUUCCAAUAGCUGUCCUUGAAAGCUUCCUUCAGUUCUUGGGUGUUAUCUUCUCUACCUAUACCAAAGCAGCCAACUUCGUCGGCAGGGUAUGGUACCUCUCUUUUGCUCUUAUCGUUGAUUUCCGCUGAAGCCAGCAAGAUCUUUUGGUUCCUAUUCAGUUUUUUUGCCCCUCUUUUUAGCAUAUGUCAUGGGCUUGUCUUGCUUGGCUCAGUGUGGAGCAGGAAUGGGAUCUGGACUUGGAAACGAAAGUGUAAAGUUCUUAUGGAAACAUUUGAAGUCCCGAGCAGGCUAUCUUCUACAUUACAAGAAGAAAUUCAAGAAACUCAAAGAACGUUUUGAGCAUUUAAAGAAUGUAAGAAAUGACAUAAAUCGAUCUGUCGAGACAGCUAAUAGGAGAGGCGAAGUGAUCAAGGAUGUAGUAACUGCAUGGCUAGAGAAAGUGAAUGAACUGGAGACAGAAGUUGGUAAUAUGGAGGAGGAGGUUGGACAGAACAAGAGAUGUCUCAAGGGGUUUUCCCCCAACUGUCGUCGGCGCUAUCAACUUGGCGAGGAGGCUACAAAGAAAAAGGCUGUUGUUGAGGGACUCCUUGAAGAAAGAAACUUUGAUAGUGUAUCUCAGCUUCCUCCUCCACCAACCAUUGAGUCCAUGCCGGUGGGUGAUUUUAUGGCCUUCAGCUCCACUAGAAUCGCCAUGGAUCAUGUUAUGAAUGCGAUAGAAGAUGAGAAUAAGCACUUGAUUGGAAUAUAUGGUAUGGGUGGUGUUGGCAAGACAACCCUGAUGGAAGAGAUUGGCAGAAGAUUGAAAAAAGAUAAGAAGUUUGAUGCUGUUGUCAAAGUGGUCGUAUCACAGAAUCCAAACAUAGAGCUGAUCAGACGUGACAUUGCUGACCAGUUGGGUAUGACGGCACUCUUGGGGAGUGGUGAAUCUGCAGCUAGGGCACUGGCUACUAGGUUGGGUAAGGAGAAGAAAAUUGCGAUAAUGCUGGAUGACAUAUGGGCUAGGUUAGAGUUAAAAGACAUUGGAAUUCCUUUCGGAGAUGAUCACAAGGGUUGCAAAAUUUUACUAACUUCUCGGAAAUCUGAAGUAUGUGAUUCGAUGGAAAGUGAUGUUUCAGUCCUAGUAGAUGUGCUGUCAGAAGAAGAUUCGUGGGACCUUUUCAAAAGUAAGGCUGGAAAGGUUGUUGAAACCUCUGAUGUAGAACCGGUCGCAAAAAAAGUUGCAAAGGAGUGUGGUGGUUUGCCGCUGGCAAUUGUUGUAGUCGGAAGGGCAUUGCGAGGAUUUAAGGAAAGAAGUGUCUGGGAUGAUGCACUGCUCCAGCUCAAACAAUCCACUCCUACAAACCUAGAAGGUGUGGAGGAACAGUUGUUCAAGUCGCUAGAACUGAGCUACAAACAGUUGAAAACAGAUGAGAUGAAAGUGUUGUUUUUAUACUGCUGCUUGUUUCGUGAGGACUAUGACAUCAGUGAGAAUGAACUUACACGAUAUGCAGUGGGUGAGGGUCUAUUGAAAGGUGUGUACUCUUUGGAGGAUGUACGAAGGAGAUUGCAUUUCUUGGUUGAGAAACUGAAGGCUUCAUGUUUGCUAUUAACCAGUGAUAAAAUGGGGUGUGUUAAGCUGCAUGAUGUGGUCCGAGAUGUGGCUGUAUACAUUGCAUCCAAAGACGACAAUCAUUUCUUUGUAAAAGCUGGCUUAGGAGUGAGAGAUUGGCCAGAGGGUGAAAACUGGGAAGCAUGUAAGAGAAUUUCACUGAUGAAUAAUGACCUACAGGCACUACCUGAUCGGCCAAAUUGCCCCAGGGUAGCGACUCUAUUAUUGAACAUAAAUCCUAUUACAACUGGAAUACCGAGCAAUUUCUUUCAAAGGAUGGCAGCACUUAAGGUUUUAGAUUUGAGUGACACUGAUAUUGAAUCAUUACCUUUGUCACUGGCACACUUGACAAACCUAGUGACACUUCGUCUGGACAGAUGCCAAAAAUUACAAGAUAUUACAAUGGUUGAGAACUUAAAGAAACUUGAAAUACUUGGCUUGCAGAAAUGCCGUGUUAGUGUGUUGCCAGAAGAAAUAGGAACCUUGGUCAAUCUAAAGCUCCUGGAUAUAUCAAACUGCAGUGCUCUUAGGAUACCACCUAAUUUGAUACCUAAGCUAAGUCGGUUGGAAGAACUGUACAUGAUAGGCUGCAAUGCCAACAGAGAUCUCCUUGCUGAGAUUGCUUUCUUGAAACGCUUGGUCAGAUUACAUGUGUAUGUAAGGGAUGCCAAAAACUUUUCUCAAGAUUCUCUCCCUGUCAAUGCUUGGGAGAAUUUAAGCCACUUCAUUGUUUAUAAUGAAUUAGAUUGGUUUUUACUGGCUGCUCAGUACCAAAAAAAUUUUUAUAUCAAGGGAAUAAGCAACUCACUGAAUUGGGCUAAGGUAUUUUUGGGCAAAACAGAGGACCUCAUGUUUGAUGACUGCCAAUGGGAUAUUGUGAAUUUGGUGAAAUUAGAUGAACAAAAUGGUUUUGCAGGCCUGAAGAAACUACGUAUUACAAGAUGUCAUCGCAUAGCCUGUCUUCUUGAUACAACACAAGUGGCUCCUUCAAAUGCAUAUGGUGAGCUAGAGAUUAUAAACCUUUGGAAUUUGGAGAAUUUGAAUGGAAUCUGCCAGGGACCGCUUCCAGCUCUAUCAUUUGGAAAAAUUAGAAUCUUGGAUAUAAUGCUGUGCAAGAAGUUAAAUAAUAUAAUGUCAUGCGACUUGCUGCAAAGAGUGCAUUGCAGUCUAGAAGAGCUUGCCAUUAAACAUUGUGAUGAACCACAAGUGAUAUUCAAUUUUGAUGGACUUCAGCAAGGGAGUAUCAUCCUGCCAAAUUUGAGUAAAUUGACACUGCAGCUAUUACCAAAUCUUACCACCAUCUGGACUGGAGUCGUUUCUCAGGGAAGCCUGCAGAAGCUGAGCACUCUGGAAGUGUCUAGCUGUAACAAACUUGCAUAUCUGUUCUCAUGUCAGUUGGAUACUGGACAUCAAAGACUGCUACCACCUGGGACCUUCAUGAAUUUAAAAAAGCUUAAAAUAUCAAGGUGUAGUGGCUUGAGCUCUCUCUUCUUGCCAAGCAUAGUGCAUGAGCUCCUGAGAUUGGAAAGAUUGGAGCUCAAAGAUAAUGGAGCAAUGGAGAAGAUAGUUGCAGAGGAGAAUGGUGUUCGGCUGGAGAAAGGAGCAUUCCCCUUGCUGAAGGAUCUGUUGCUGAUAAACUUGUCCAACUUGAGUCGCUUCUAUGGUGGGGAAGCAGCAGCAAUAUUUCUUGAUUGGCCUUCACUGAAAUACAUCAAGCUAGGGGGCUGUCCAAGUUUGAAGAGGCUCCCAAUUGGACCAGAAAGUGCACCGAAGUUAAAGAAGGUGCAUGUAGCAGGUGAUGAUGAUGUUGAAUGGUUCCAAAAUUUGGAGUGGGAAGAUGAAAGCAUCCCUUCCCGCUUUCGUAUCUGCGAAUCAGACGCCGAAAGCGAUUCAGAUUAAGCAGAUGAUUGUGGAGUUUGCUGCUUUCAGGUGUAAGAUUGGGGAGAUGGUGCUUAAUGCAGUCAGUUGACUCUCCAUGGUGCUUGGAAUGUCUUGUUUCUAUUUGCUUAUUUCUUAUGCCUUUUGAUGAUGUUUUGCAUUCCUAAUGAUUUGCAACAAACAAUGUGCUUUGUAAGUUGUAACAAGUCAGAUGUCAAUCUACUUGUUGUUUGAUUUUACGUUUAAUUUUGGACUACUUCUCUCCAAAAGUUUUAUUGUGGACUACUUUAGACCAGCCAAAAUCCUAUUGGGUAACGGCUUAUUUUUUUUGGUUUUUUCA